AAAGCUGGUCUUGAGUCGACAAAUCUCAUCUUUGGUGAUACUUCCUUUCGAAUAUUUAUUCCCGUUGCGAUAUAUUUUGACGGUCCUUUUGACAGUAUCGACUACACGGCUAGCAAUAAGUACCAAGGAGAGCAAUGCUUCGGUGGACGUUCACUGCACUCAAUUGACCCGUUCAUACCAAAUCCAUAUCAACAGGUGAUAUCGGUUAUGGGUCGCACACUAGCUCCAUUCGCAACAUCCGGAUUUAUUCCCGCAUACGGGUUCGGGGACGCCAAAACUGGCGAUCGAUCGGUGUUCAAGUUGAAGGACGAUGGCGAAUGUCGCAAUUUGGAUGAAGUGCUCAGGGUGUACAAUAAGGUGACACCAACGGUCAGCUUGAGUGGUCCCACGAACUUCGCGCCUGUCAUCUACCAGGCCAUCGAAAUUUGU